AUGCAGGAGAGCUACGAGAGCGUCAUCUCCCUGGCCGAAGAAAUCGCCAUCAGUUGGCCACGGAUCACCGCCUUCGCCGAAUCGCACCGGAGGAGAGGCUUGGUGUCUGACGAUGGGUUGUUGAGCGAGAACGAAGAGGAAGACCCACCACCCGGCGAGCUGGAGAAGGUGGACGCCGAGGGGACGCCGGCGGGGAAGCCCAAGGGGGGCAGCCCCACUGGUGGAGAGGGGACAAAGCCCGGCGACGGUCCCCAAAAACCGGAGAACCAGCCCAGAAAGCCAUCGGGCAAGCGACAGGGUAAAUCGGGCCACCGAGGCUUCAAGAAAUUCCCCCCACGGAGCUUGCUCGGCCACGGCCGUUGCCACGACUGCGGCAAAGCUUUGGCUUUCGGUUCAGCCUUCACCAAACGCCGGCGAGGGACCGAACGACCCCAUAAAUGCCCCGAAUGCGGGAAAUGUUUUCGGCUCAGCUCCACCCUCAUCACCCACCAACGCCGGCAUGCCAGCGAUAAACCCUACAAGUGCCCCGAUUGCGGCAAGACCUUCAGCGUUGGUUCGGCGUUCAUCCAACAUCAACGAGUGCAUGCCGGCGCCGGUGCCGGCGCGGCGCCUUGCCAAUGCGGCGUCUGCGGGAAGAGUUUCCCGGCCAGCGCCAGUUUGGUGAAGCACCAAAAAUUACACCUGGAGGAAAAACCCUACAAAUGUGGGGAUUGCGGGAAGGGUUUCAACUGGAAUUCCCAUCUGGAGCGGCAUCGACGGAUCCACACCGGCGAAAAGCCUUAUGCCUGCCCGGAAUGCGGGAAGAGCUUCAGUUGGAGCUCCCACCUCGACCGGCAUCGCCGCUCCAAAACCCCUGAGAAGCCCUUGCAGUGCGGUGAAUGUGGGAAGGGCUUCACCAAGAGCGCGGCGUUGGCCAAGCACCGGCGCGCCCACGCCGGCGAGAAGCCCUACAAGUGCGGGGAGUGCGGGAAGGGUUUCGGCUUGAACGCCGCGUUGCUGCAGCAUCAACGGAGCCACGCCGCCGGCAAACCCUACCAAUGCGGUGAUUGCGGUAAGAGCUUUGCCUGGAGCUCCCAUCUUGACCGGCAUCGCCGUAUCCAUAUGGGCGAGAAACCCUACCGUUGCGGGGAUUGCGGGAAGAGUUUCUCCCAAAGUUCCCACUUGGAGAGGCACCAACGCGUCCAUGCCGGCGCCGAGACCCAUAAGUGCAGCGAGUGUGGGAAGAGCUUCACUUACCGGGCGGAGAACGUCAAGCACCAGGGGACGCAGACGGGGGAGAAACCCUAUACCUGCCCCGAAUGUGGGAAGAGCUUCGGGCAAAAUUCGGCGUUGGUGAAGCAUCGCCGGAUGCACACGGGAGAAAAGCCCUACAAGUGCGGGGACUGCGGGAAGAGUUUCAGCGUCCGCUCCAACCUCAUCAAACAUCAACGGACCCACCUUGGCGAGAAGCCCUACAAGUGUCCCGAUUGCGGGAAGGGUUUCAUCCAGAAGUCGGACCUCACCAAGCACCGCCGGAUGCACACCGGGGAGAAACCCUACAAGUGCAACGUCUGCGGCAAAUGCUUCAGCGUCUCCUCCAACCUCAUCAAGCACCAACGCAUCCACCUCGGCGAGAAACCCUACCAAUGCUCCGAAUGCGGCAAGAGCUUCAUCCAACGCUCCGAGCUCACCAUCCACCAACGCGUCCACACCGGCGAGAAGCCCUACAAGUGUCCCGAGUGCGGCAAGUGCUUCAGCCGUAGCUCCCACCUCAACCGCCACCAACGCACCCACGCCGGGGACAAGCCCAAAGCCGCUGCCGCUGCCGCCGCCAAUCCCUCCGGCGCCUUCUCCAGCGCCGCCUUCUCCCCGCCAUUGGGCGGCCCGGCGGCCCCCAUCCCCUCGCUGCCCUCCUUCCCUGCCUCCCCCUCGCCCCUGCCUAUCCCUUCCCUCUCCAGCCCCGCCCUGGACCUGCCGUGGGCCCUGUCCUUCCCCGCCCGCGCCUUCCCCCACCCCUCCUUCCCCUCGGCGCCCGCCUCGGGGGCCCAGACCUCCUCCCUCAUCAACUGA